GCCGCCUCAGCCCCAGCCGGAGGUGGAAGAUGGCGGAGCCGGGGCCGGACUGCGGAACCCUGCUAGACGAGGCGCUCUCCUCCUUCGUCUUCAACUACCUCGCUGACAGCCAGUAUGAGGUGUCUGAUGAGGAGCAUCUCUACUCCGACUUCCCUGAGAUCGAUUUGUCCCAGCUGGAUGCCAGCGACUUCGACUCGGCCGGCUGCUUUGGCGAGCUGCAAUGGUGCGCAGAGCACUCUGAGACUGAGUCCAGCCAGUACAGCACCGAUGACUCUGAGCUCCUCCAGAUAAUAGACAGCGAGAAUGAAGCGCUGCUGGCGGCCCUCACCGAGACACUGGAUGAUAUGCAGGGAGAUGACAUGGGCCUGGCUGCCUUCCGAUCUAUGGAAGAGGGGGACACGCUCAACCAUGCCUACACCUCGCCUGCCCCCUCCCCCAAACCCACCGCCCUGGUCACGGGGGAGCCGCCCCCGGCCCCCGAGGUUGAUGAGCUGUCUCUACUGAAGAAAUUGCUCCUCUCUCCAUCGCCUCCGAGCUGUGAGGUGCAGAGGGAUGGGAGCGCCCGGCGCCCAGGGACACCCAAAUCCCGGCCAUCUCGACCCUACACAAAGGUGGAUGCUCCCCGGGACAGGCAGGCAGGCGCUCCGCAGAGCCGCAGCUGCACCGAGCUGCACCGGCACCUCACCUCCACCACCCCCUGCGCCCAGACCAAAGCCCCCCGCGCACCCGAGCAGUGCCACAGCGGCCACCACUACCCACCCGUGGGUGACUGCGCCCAGCAUGAGGACGACAGCGACUGCAGUGAGGACUCACUCAGCUCCAGCGAUGCGGUGCCCUCUCCUUCCUCGGCGGAGGACAGCUCCGACGGACGGUUCUCCUGCGAAGGGGGGCUGCACUCGGUGGUGGAGCUCAUCCGCUACAUGCACACCUACUGCCUGCCGCCCAGGAAGCUGCCCGCCCGUGACGCUAUUGAUGCCAGGCCCCAGCCCUGCAGCAGCCCCUUCAAGAGAGCCAAAGCAGACUGUGCCCUGCAAGAGAGCCGGCCGGGCUGCGCCUGGCACGCGGCUGGGGCCUGCCAGAAGCCCGCAGCCUCCUUCUCCAUCCUGAAGGAGCUGCUGGCGCGGGACCUGCUGUGCGAUGUCAGCAAGCCCUACCGGCUGGGCAGGCCCGUGUACGCCUCCCUGGCCCGACUGCCCCCCACCUGCUGCCCUGCAGUGCAGGCCCAGGACAGGGAGGAGGCCGGUGGAGCCUGCAAAUCCAGAGCCAAAGCGGUGCCAGAGAAAGCAGAGCCACGGCACAGCCCUGGGACUGAGAUGGAGGCAACGGGGGAGCCUGGCAGUGUGGAGGAGGAGGCCGGGAGGCGUGCAAGCACCCCAGGCACAGCUGCAGGGAAGGCGGCCCGCAGGCCCGAGAGCUCUGUUUAUGCCGUCCGACGGUCCAAGAGACUCAACCCUGAGCUGGGCCACUGGCUGUCCUUCCUCGACGAGUCGCCCCCCGACUCCUCUGUGCCCCAGGAGGCCGCAGCCAGUGGGGAGCCCGUGCCGUGCCCGCCACUGGAGGCCUUCCCUGCUGAAGAGCCUGCGGCCGAAGUGGAGGUGGGCGGCACAGAAGAGGGAGAUGGCGGGAGCGCAGUGCUGCCAGCAGAGCCCCAGCCCCUCAUCCCGGCAUCCCCGGGGGAUGGUGAGAGCUGUGAGAGCCAGCGCUGUGCCCCCCAGCAGCGUGCAGAAACACCCCGGUGUCUCACGCUGUCCUUGGCGCAAACUGACUCUACUUUUGGGAAGAGAAACUCGGUGUCAAUGCUGACCAUGGAGCUGUGUGGUACAGCAGGUCUCACGCCACCCACUACUCCACCGUACAAGCCUGCUGAGGAGGAUCUGUACAAGCCAGACAUGCCCCCGGAGACAGGCAAGGAGGACAGCACAGUCCCCAGCUCCAGAACUGGCAGCACAGGGGACACGGCCACCUUUCAGAAAACUACGAAGAAGCACCCUGAGAGGACAGAGCUCUUGGCCCACCUAAGCCGAGCUGCUGAGCAGUCAGGAGUGCUCAAGCGGCCCUUUUCACGCUCCUUUGGGGACCAUGACUACUGCCAGGUGCUGAAGCCUGAGGGCACCCUGCAAAGGAAGGUGCUCAAGUCCUGGGAGCCCUCAGGCCAGAUUGAGAUGGAACACAAGAGGAGGGUCCCAGACACACACUACCAGGGGCUGGACCUUGGCAGCAAGGAGGCAGGUGGCGAGAUGGUGUGGAAGGAUGGCAUCAAGCAGCUGAGAGAUCAGGACAUCAGAGCCAGUUUAACGAAGCACUUUGGUGUCCCGGACAGUCCUGUUGACGAUGAGGACAUGGCUUUCUGCAAGACCCCUGAGUAUGACACUGUUUUUGACGACAGCUGCAGUGAAAGUGGCUCCCUGGUAGAGGAGGAGGAGGAGGAGGAAGAGGAAGAGGAGGAGGAGGAGCACUGUGGCAGCCCAUUGGACACCAAGCUGUGCCUGCGGAGAAAUCCCCUCUCCAGGACCAGUUUGCAUUAUUGCUCCCGGAGCAGGUCCAGCUCGGGGUCUUCGUGCUGCCGGUCCCGAUCCCCCACAAGCAGAUGCACUUUCAGGUGUAAGAACAAUGAGCGGUGUCAGGGUGGCAGCAGGAGCCGGGGCCAGCUUGAGAAGAAACAGGAAAAGGCCAUCGGGGAAGGCCGGGUGGUGUACAUCAGGAACCUCUCCAGCAACAUGAGCUCCAGCGAACUGAAGAAACGCUUCGAGGUGUUCGGUGAGAUCGUGGAGUGCCAAGUCCUGUCCAGGACUAACAGAGGGGAUAAAUACGGCUUCAUCACCUACCGGUAUUCAGAGCACGCCGCCUUAUCUCUGAAGAACGGCACCUCGCUAAGGAAGAGGAACGAGCCUUCCUUCCAGCUCAGCUCUGGUAGCCUUGGGAACUUCUUCUGGACCAGAUACACUGACUUAGAUGGCAGCGUGGAGGAGUCCUCCCCGGCGCCGGUGAAGAGCAAGUAUGAGACCAUGGAUUUUGACAGCUUGCUGCAGGAGGCCCAGCUAAGCCUGCAUCGGUAACAGCCUUAACCUUGGAGGAAUACCUCAAUACCUCAGUCAAGGCACUUCCAAUAUGUUUACGUUUUCAAAGAAAUUAUUCAGUCUAUGACAAGCGAGAGAGAGCGAGAGAGCGAGAGCACGCACGCGCGAGAGAGAGACUGCUGUCCCUUUCAAUUGAUGUUUACAUUGAACAAAGCUGCUUCUGUCUGUGAGUCCCCAUGGUGUUGAUGUCUCACUGCCACACAAUAGUCGCCCCGCUUCUGACUGGUUGUUUUUGGGUGAGCCUAGGAGCCCCCGGCCCCUCUCCCCCGGCUCUCGCCGUGGAGUUGCAGCUGUGUUCACCAUAACAUUUUUUGUCCGUAGUGUGUGAUGAUGAAAUUGUUAAUUGUGAAUAGAAUCAGGAUUAUAAACUAAUUUUUAAUAGAAGAAGAAAAAAGAAGUAUAUACUUAAAGAUGUAUUUAUGGCUCAAAUGUACUGUAAUUCAGAUUUAUUGUACCGCUUCCUUGAUUUUUAACUAUGCACUGUAAUGAGGCACUUGCCACUGAGCAAAUGGGGGUCAGAGCAGAGCCCCAGAGCCAGCGUUCGCCCUCUGCCACGAGGCCGCCCGCCUCCCCGCCGGGUCACCACUUUGCCGUCAAAGCCAUUCUCCUCGUUGGGGCCGAGCCCCGGCCCCCAGCUGCCGAGAGGGGCCACGGUGUGGGCAUGAAGGGAAGGCUGGUGAAGGAGUGGCACGACCACCUCCGGGCAUCCCCGCUCCAGCCUGCCGUGUGCAGGGCACGGCAGCUCCAUGUCUUUGCCCUCCGACACGCUGCCCAUUCUGCAGCCGGUGCCCGAUAAGCCAUACACCCACCCAGCACCCGGUUGGUGAGCCGGAUCCGUGCCCACCGCCGGCGCGCUCCGUGCUGCUGCCUCCGUGCCCAGCAGCGUGAAGGAAGCGUGGCAGCUUUGCUGAGUCUGUGGCUCCUGGCUGGCCUGCCGCUGCGUGCUCCAACCCCUGCCUUUUGCCAGGGGCCAGGGCCGCCCGGCACCACUGGAUAUAAGGCAUGCUCAAGCAGCGUCCCCAUGAAAUUUGCUUGCAAACUUGUUCCCCACCUCUGGGAAAGGUGGGAGCGGGAGAGACCCCAGCCUUGGUUGGAGGGAUCCCAACCGAGAGCAGGCCAGGGGGAAAGGAAAUCUCCCUGGCUCCUCAAGCCAUCUCCAUCACCCUCAUUUGCUUUCUGGACACAGAGAUCAUUAGGGAUUUAGCCAUUCUUUGUAGAUAGAAUAUAUAGCCUUAACUCUGCCAAUAGAUAGAUUAGAGUCUUCUGGGGUCUCCCUGGUACGCGACUUAGGGUUUUUAUUCUCAUUUCCUCAGUGUGGAUGCCAUUUCAUCUUGCAGGCAGUAUUACCAAAGCCCCCAAAACUGCAGGAGGUUCGGUUCCAGGAGCACUGCCUUGCUGACACAGCCUGCGGCUCCAACCCAGGCCUGUCCCUGACAGAAAGGCUGCCAGCAGCCAUGCGACAGCACCAGUAAGGCAGUGACACAGCUCCACUGGUUCCCACACCUGCCACCAGAGCCGGCCGUGUCCUUGUGCCACUUGGCUCUAAGCCCAGAGCAAGGGCAGAGGUCUCUCCUGCCACAGGCUGUCCCCAUCCUAUCCCCAACCCAGCAUACACGAGUAACCCUGGCCGAGACUGAGCAUCUGCUAUUGGCAAUUGCCUCAUUGUAGCUUUGCCUUUUUCUGUCCUAGUAUUUCCUCACAACAAUGAUGUUUACAUGUGAUUGCUAUAGAGCUUAUGUAGAAUGUAUAUAGCGACACAUUUAGGGUGGGUAGUACUGUCCUGUGCUGUGCUGAUGUUUUUCAGAAAACGAUCAAUCCAAAAAAAAGAGAAAAACAAAAAAAAAGGCCAAGUGGAAUUCUUCCAUCUCCUCCUUGCUCAGCCAUGGGAGCAAGCCCUGGGCUGCUCUCAGCUGGAGGAUGCAUCAAGCCUGGCAGAGGGGAAGGGUAAGCACGGUGGGGCUGCUGGGUCCUCGAGGACCCCACUGGGGCAGCCUCCAGGUGCAUUGCCAGCCUUGGUUUCUGUGAGCCCCCAAAAACAUCCAAAAUUUGAUGUUGCUUUCCUGCGGCUUCCCGUGCCAUCGCAGCACUUCUGCACAGAGGCACGGUGCUCCCUGCAAAUGGGAACUUUGUAACGCACAGAGCCAAUCAGUACUGCAGUCGUAGGAUAGGAAGAGAUGCAAUAAGUGGUCUUUGUGUUGCCUGAAGCCUAUAAGUGGAUUUUUUGUUGAGGUUUGGGGGUUUUCGGUUCUUUUUCCCCCUCCCUUGAAUUUGGACGGCUCAUUGUCCCUCUCCCCUUGAGAAUCGUCUCCUGCACUGAUGCAAUACGCACACAGGUGCUCAGGCACCCUCCUCGCCAGCCCCCAUGCCUCCCCCCAGGUUAGGAUUUGGUGAGCGCAGAGCGUUUCAGCCUGAGAAGCACAGGUGUGGCUGCCUGCCGGCUGGGUUUAGAAUCUCUCAAGCAGGGGUAGUGGUGAAAAAUAAGUUUCCACUGGAGUUUUAUUUUUUUAACGGAAAGGUUUUGUUUGCUCACAGCGCCCAGGGGUGAGGAGGGGCCAAGGAGAGCUCGCUCCAUUCAGGGACUGAGGCUGCUCUGGGUGCAGGGAAGGGCUCUCGCGCCCCUCACCGCUGGGGCACAGCCCAGAGAAUCUGGGAGCAAAGGGUAUUUUAAGGUAGGCAAUAAGUAAGGAGGAGAUUUAUUUUUCUAAGAAGUAUAUAGCUCUAGAAUGUCCCCUGAUAGCUGCCUGUGAGUACUGUGGGGAGAUACUAAACGUGAAGAGUUUGAUGAUGAAAUGCCGUUUCGCUUUUUUUGCACAGAUCUGCCCCGUAAAAUCUUGCUGUUCAGGAUGGGAUACCAGGUUUCCUGGCUGGAAUCCAGCAGGUUCCUGGGGCUCCAUAGGAGAGGAGCCGAUGUUUCUGAGUCUGGGCUGAAUGCAGAGGACAAUCCCAGGUGUUAGGUUUGAUGCUGCCCCAAAGAUGAGGUUCACCCCGACUCCUUGUCAGCACAGCUCGCUGGGUUGCGCGCCUUCCCCACAGGAGCAGCAGCUCAGGCGCUGCGUUGCAGGCCGAGUGUCUGACUUCAGCGCUGGUCCAUGUGGAGCUGCAUUACAGACCAGCGUUUGGAUCGUUUUGAAUCGUAUUCUUUCUUUUUGGCAUUGUGCUGAAUGACGAACUCCAUCGUUGUUCGUAGCUGAGCCCUGAAGCCCCUUCUGUUCUAUCUCCAUCUGUCCCAGCAAUCUCAAGCAAUAUGAACCAAACUCAGCCUUCGGGCUCCAUUCCUCAUCCCCGGAGCCGUCGCAGCGCGGCACCGCCAACACCGCGUGGCCGGGGGCCGAAUGCAUGUGAGAGAGAGGAAGGUGAAAGCGAUGCAUUUCUCAAGAAAGGUGUAAGAAUUUCACCUAAAAAGGGGCACAUCUGCUUUGUUAUUUAUAAUAAAAGCUAAUUUUUUUUUUUUUAAUUAACUAAAAGGACACUGCUGAUAAUUAUUAGGGGCCAGUUCUGCCCCCUUCCUCGUGCUGAGUAAGUACUGCUUAACUCUGUGAUUUUCUGCUUGCAGAGUAAGUCGGAGUGGCAGAGUUGAUCCCUCUGUGAUUAAGAAUCAAGUUUUUAGUCUGAUUUUUUUUAAUUGGUAGCGGUUUUUUAUAUUUCACUUUUUUGUUCCCCCCCUCCCAGUUCCGUUCCGUUGUGUCCUUAUUUAUGUAAUAUACUUUAACCUUAAAAGAUGGCAUGGAUUCCUAUGCCUUUCCUUUAUUAUUAUUAUUGUUAUUAUUUUUAAACAGAGAUUUAUUUCUAGUGUGAUUUAACUGUCUACCUUCUAAAACGAGAGAACGUUUUCUUGUAUUUUUACAUUGUCAGAUUCUAUAGUUUCAUAGAUAAUUUAACCAAAUCGCUCGAUGUAUUAUCUAUAUCUAUCCAGUGGGUAUAAAAGUUCUAUUUUAAAUUGUGUAAAUACUUCAGAACUGGCUUCUUUUUCCAGACUCCCCUGCCGCGGAGUUACUUGUUUACAUCACAAAGACUGUAGAAUCUCUACGCUCAUGUACUGUAAAUAGUGAAGUGAUCUGCCUAUAAAUAAACGAUAACAUAUAUACUACAAACUGGGAAACAAACCGAUCACGAGCAGUGAGUCUGUGCUGCUGUCAGGGUACCAAGCAGGUGUUCCGUGCAGCAGGAUGUGGCAGUAGGCUGGUGUGCACUGGCCUGGCUGUGGGGACGUGGGGUUGUGUACAAACUCCAACAGUUACACUCAUCCAUUUGAGAAAAAAACAACAGAAACAAAAAAUUACAACAAAACCAGCACAACGGUUUUCUGUUUUGGCAUAGCUUUCUGGUAAACCAACUUCUUCUCACACACCUGGGAAUGCAUUUGUAGCUUCAGUGCCUGCUCUAUCAGUCAGGCAAAACCAGACAGCAGGCACAGCUUGCCCUGUGGGAGGGAGAGGGGCCAGUGACUGGCUGUUGUGCACGGGGACAGCCUCUGA